AUAUACAUACACACACACUCUUCCUCUUUUGACUAAAAUAUCAUUAAAAUCAGAAUCUAUUGCUAUAAAUAGUUUAUAUGUAGAAAAUUGCAUAUACAAGUUCCAUUCUUCUUCACAAUAGUAAAUCCAAAUUUUCAGCAGCAAAAAUAGCGAAUAAUGUGUUGUGGAGAUGGUGGAUGUAGGCCAUUGGCCUUUCUAUUAGGUCUUCCUUUUGCUCUGCUUUCGUUGCUCGUCUCUAUCGUUGGCGUAAUCAUAUGGAUCGUCGGGUUGACAUUGAGUUGCAUAUGUCCAUGCUGUCUCUGUGUGACUGUGUUGGUUGAAUUGGCAUUGGAGUUGAUAAAAGCACCAAUUCAUGUUAUGGAAUGGUUCACUGAUCAAAUACCUUGUUAGACACUUUUUUUUUUUUUUUUUUUUAAUUUUCAUUUCUCUUAUUAUAUGAUUCUAAGUGAUUAUUAUGUUGUCAAAUACUAUUGUGUAUGCUUUGCUUAAUUAUGAGUUGUCACAUCCUUUGAUUUGAUGGUUAUUCAGUUUAGUGAAAUCUAGUAACUUAUAUAAAUGUGAGGUGGUCUUCUGGAA